CGUACGCGACGGACGUGCGUACUGCGCUUAAAUAACUUAACAUUCGCCCGCGUGAUUUAAUUAGCGUUCUAUUUUUAAACGAGUUAUUUGCUAUUUUUAUCUGGUAAUCAUAAGAUGAACAGUUGGUGUGUGGUGGGACAGUGAAGUGGUAGUGUAGUGCGUGAGGGUCUGGACGUCUGUCGCUGGUGAUGAGGAUGUGAGCAAUGCCCUCGGACAGCGGAGCCGCGUGGGCGCCGCCCGCCGCGGGCGAGCGUCGGCUCAGCAAUUCCUCUGAUGGCAGUGCCGGCAGCGGAUACUCCAAAACUACGACAGACAGCGCGGACUUCCUGGCGGUUCGUCCGCACACAGCUUCGGUACUGCCGGGCAAGCCCGCGGCCAAUCCGCUACAAUUCAUCAAGGUCGGGCCCGCGGACCUCGGCAGCCGCGCGCGGGAACAGCUGCGUAGAGCGCAGGCCGCCAAGCGUGUUGAACCCGCCGCGCUAGAGAGGCAGGAGGACUGGCAGUCGAACCUGGACAAUUGGAAGUCGUCGCGGCGGAAGCGCGUUGAGCAUAUAAUCGAGCGGUGCGUUGAGGUACGCCGUAUGGAGUGCGAGCCCAGCCAGCCGCGCGCCAAGAGCAAGACAUUCAACGAGAUGUUGGAAGAAAGAGCGGGUCGCAGAAGGAGGAAUCCGCUAGCGCUGUAUACGGAGGACGACGGGCACGACCUGAGCGACCUUGGCAUCGGCACCUCCAGCACCAAGAGCAGCCUCAGCGAGGACUGCGACACUCACAGUCUCGCCAGCGAUGGCAUGGACCUCGAUAAAAACCACUCGGACGUGGAUAAUAUGUCCAAUUGCGGAAACAACCGCAAGCUCGGUUCGAGUGCCAACGAAUACGAUACCUGCACGACCACCACGAUCAGCUCGCCCGAGCCCGAGGAGUACACCUACGAAGGCGCCAUUGAGGGCUACAAGUCCAGAAUCAUUUCACAGACAAACAGCAGUAUGGUUAAGACGGUAGUCAACAAUAAUUGUAAAGAAAAAUCGCCAGAUAAAUCUAACGCAGACUACAAUAGAAUCAGAACAUCUGUGAAUAACAAAAUAGAAGAAAAACUCUCGUCCUUAAAACAGGAACGAAUCACUGAUAUGAAAAAUAAUAACAAGAAAGAUUUGCCAAAAGUGGACAUCCAUAAGCGUAGAGAGCAAUUCGAAAGAGAAAAUUCUCAAGAAUUACAAUUGAAUAAGCCAAAAUUACCCGAAAUUACUAAUAAAAAAUCUAUCAAAGAUAGACUAUCAAGCUUAGAAAAGUUCACAGAAGAAAUACACAUACAAAAAUCGACUAGUGACCUGACUAAGUUGCCGUCUGAAGUUAAACCAUUGAAAGAACGGUUAUCGUCGUUAGAAAAAAUAAAGACAUCGGAACCAGAGAAAUUCAAAAGGUUAUCGAAUGGAGAGUUGAAUACAACAAAGUCUCUGAAAGAACGCUUGAAUAGCCUUAAGUCUCAAGUUUCAGAAGAAGAAAUGAGAGUCGCAAAAACUGAUAUGAAACAAGUUUCUAUGAGUUUAAAAGAACGGCUUUCGUGCCUCGAUGCUGCCAAAAAUAAGGAAAUUCCUAAAAUAUCGGUUGAAGACGAGAUAGUUAAUAAUGAAAAUAGUGCGAUUAAAACUUGUGAUAAUUCUAAAGAAAAAUCGCCCGAGGCGUCUUUAACGUGUAAUUUGUCCGGCAUAGAAAAUCAAAUGCAGAGCUUCUGUAGAUCUCUCGACAGUUUAGAUAUAAACGGUCAGUCUUCGCCUAAUUCAUUCGAAAGAGUGCAGAGUCUCGAAGACUUUGACAGUGUCGAAAUGCAAAACAAUACCGUCCCUAGUGACAUCGAGACGGAAGAUAGUGGGAUACACACCGCUAGGGACUCCUGCGCACCACCAGACGACAUCGCUGAUCUAACUCAAGUAGCUUCUCCUAUCGGAGAACCUAUGGUCGAAGUAUCCGAAUACGAAUCUUCUAAUGAAGAUAACAUGAUCGGCUUAGAAUCUACUAAUAUUGAAGAAAAUCACCUUGAAAGCAACAAAAGAUCCGAUCCAAUAGUAGAAAGCGAUAUUAGGGUGGAAGAAGCGGACGAACAAGAUAGAACUGAGAGUACCGACAGUGGGAGCAAUUACAUUCAAGCGCUGUCUCAACCUGAAGAAUUAAGUGUCACCGAAGAUAUCACAGAAAUUCAACUGGACAAAGAGGAUGAAGACACAUUGAAAAGUUUGGAGAAUCAAGACUCCAGUGUAAGUUUAAAUGAUCCCGUGUCGACUGCAUCGGAAGGCGAUACCGUGGUCUUUCAAGGGAAAAUGACUAUACAUUUAAACUUGGAUGAAAUUUGCAACGGUCUUAACGCUGGUCAAGGGAACAAUCUUAAUAAUAAUGAAAAUAACCUCACUAACAAUUCUACUAACAGCAAAAGCAUGCCAAUGGUAAUCGAUGCUUUAGAAUUAGCUUUUAAAGAGCUUGAUUCAGAAGACAGUGCAGCUAGUGACAGCAAAAUGGAGGACGAAAUAAAAACAGAAGAAAACAAAGUCGAAGUAAAAACUGAUAAGGUUUUACUUGAUUUUGAUAUAGAAAACAAAGUGUCAGUGACGCCUUUGUAUGAAAACAUCGAUAUAUUCUACCAAAAUACAGUAGAUACUUCGAAUGCGUUUCCACUUGACUUACCCACUAAUGUUCUGGAGCCUCCUAAAGAGAAACCUCCCCCACCCCCUACAGAAGAUGCUGUAGAAGAUGAACUUCUGGGAAAUGGUAAUUUCAAGCACACAAGUUCCGCUCGACGUAUCAAGAAGGAAAUCCGUAACAAGCGAACUUCUUUCCUCGGUAUCGAAGGUCAAGUUGAUGAUAGUUACUUAGACGCUGAUUUGACAUUAGCACCACGUCCUGAUAUCACUUCCUUCUUGCAAGAGGAGACCAAAAUCGAAAAGCUGUUAUACAAGAAGACACUGUCGCAUGAUAUGGAUGCUAAAUUAAGAGACAGUAGGGACUCCGGCGUUGAUAUAGAUAGAGGACCUUCAGCCGAAGCUUGGUAUAAAGGACAAUCGUCGCCUGAGACCUCUAAUCCACAUAGCAGACAAAAUAGUGAGCCCUUUACCCAUGUAACUGUAACAUCAGAUGAGGAAGAGACUGCAAAAAAAUCAGAAAUCUUCACCGAAAAUCUAACAACUAAACUCACUUCACUGACCACAGAUAAUGAAACCAAAAUCGAAAGCUUGGAUAAAAAAUUACAACAGCAACAGGCGGCCGGCACUAACGACGACUGGCCUGACGGGCACUUUGACGAUACUCAUACCAAGGAAGUGCUGCGAUUCGAAAGAGAACUACUGCAACUGGAGCAAGAAGAAUUAAGAAGACAGAGAGAGAAUCUACUCAGAGAUCAGAAUAGAAUAAUCCAGAAGUCCGUGCAAGAUAUAUCUAGUGUCACCCACACGACAGAAAAGACGCCUAUCGGUAGAAUAAAGAAACCAAAUCAAAACUACAGGCAUUCGAUGCCGAAUUUAUUGAUAAACGAGAGCUACACUCCCGCGCCGGAGUUAUCUAAGGUGCCAGAAAGAUCUGUCUACGAUGAGAACAUGAAACGCAAACCAUUCGUGUCAGAGGAACAUAUUCAGAGUCACUUCGGUGUGGAGGAAAGCAGGAAAUUACUGUAUGAGGACAAGGCCAAGUUCCCGGAGAGAAGGACCGCGGUCAGCGCUCCGCGGCAGCCCGUUCUGCCUCCUAAACCGAAGAGCAGGGAGUCAAUUGAAAGGGAAAUUACUAUGAGGAGUAGCCGUGUUCCUUCAGCUGUGGAGUACGUCAAUGUACAGAUGCGGCACAAGCAGACGUCCAACGGCAACAUCAACGGCAAUGUAAACGGCAACAGCAAUGGACAGUACCAUCCUAUGACCAGGCAUACGUUGCAGGCGCUGAGCGCGGCGCCGACUCCCAAACUGAUCUCCAACACGGAGUGGCUCCAGGCCCGCAGCAGACACCCCGCCAACUACAACUACCACCAGCACUGGCUCAUACAGGAGGCAGAACAUCGCCGGAUUGAGGAGCAUAAGAAUAAAAUGCGCGCCAAACAGCGUCACUCCUACCACGACGGUCAUAGCGUGUCCCACGUGCCCCACACCGUGCCCCACGUGCCCCAAGUGCCCCACACCAUGCCCCAAGUGCCCCACAGUCAGCCGAUCUUGCCCCAAAGCCCACCCUACAACAUGCCCCCGAGCAAGCCGCAUGCGCAUCACAACGGCCCACAAAAUGGAGCAUACAAUCAAACUCCGCGCCAUUUGCAAACAAAUACAACCAGCCAACAACAGUUGCCGCACGAGUUCAGGGGAGUGCGGGAGACAAGGGAGGGACGCGAGGGGAGGGACGACAAGCAAGUCCUCAGUGUUAGUGGCAAGAGGAAGUGCUCCCACUGCGGAGAGGAACUCGGUCGCGGCGCGGCGAUGAUAAUAGAGUCUCUAUCGCUGUGUUACCACGUGUGGUGUUUCUCGUGCGCGGUGUGCGGCGCAAGGCUCGGCGACGGCCGCAAUGGCGCAGACGUGCGCGUGCGCGCCGGCCGCCUGCACUGCCACCACUGCUACUCCGCAGAUGACGGCUCCAAGUACUCCUGCGUCUGACUCACACUCCUCACUCUCAAUCCUGUCUGUCUCCUCUCUAUCUCACCUAGUGGCGGCAGUUUCCUGCCAUCGCCUGAAGCGUCGAUCAAAUUAACAGAGCAGAGGUCAAUAUUCUUGUAACUUGAGCAGGAAUUAUGGAAAAGUGAAGUCUCACAUUUAUAAAAAUUCGAUGAAAUUUAAAUUAU